GUCGCAUCCAUCCUCCCAUAAUCUCUCUCCUCUCUCCAUAGUAUUCCUGAACGUCACAGCAGAGUCCCAAGUUCCUAAAAGUUGGGCAACGACUGAACUUCAAGAAUAGUGGACAAGUUGCUGCAUAGAUUUACGGGAGUUUUGUAGAAAAGGUUCUCUUCUUUCAGAUCCAGAAUGCUGAAGCCAGGAUGGAUCCUACAGGUCAUCUGAGACGGUCCGCGUGUUCUCCCUGUUCUCCGUCUGCGACGGCCCCCUCAUCCCCGAGCCUCGUCCCUCGGGGCCCCAUCUGGCUCUCCGUCUUCCAGCAGCAGCCCCCAGUUGCGGAGUAGCAGUGGGAAGGCGACCCUGUAAAUAUGUCUGGAUGGAGGUCUCAAUGGCGUCUCGUCCUGCUGAACUCCCUGACCUGCGGCCUGGAGAUUUGCGUGGCAGCUGGGAUCACGUACGUUCCCCCCCUGUUGCUGGAGGCUGGGGUAGAGGAACAGUACAUGACUAUGGUACUAGGUAUCGGCCCAGUGUUAGGUCUCAUCUUCAUCCCUCUGAUUGGCUCAGCCAGUGACCAUUGCAACAGCAGCUACGGCCGCCGCCGGCCCUUCAUCUGGCUGCUGUCCCUGGGAGUCCUCUUAGCCCUCCUCAUCAUCCCCCAUGCCGACCUGCUGGCUGCCUACUUCUCCUGGGGCGGAUGCGCCCUGCAGGUGGCCUUCCUCAUCCUCGGUGUGGGCCUGCUCGACUUCUGUGGCCAGGUGUGCUUCACGCCUCUGGAGGCGCUCCUGUCUGACCUGUACCGCAAUGAGGAGGACUGCAACCAGGCCUUUGCCAUGUUCUCCUUUAUGGUCAGCCUGGGAGGCUGUGUGGGCUACCUGCUGCCUGCGCUGGACUGGAGCCGGGGCCUGCUGUCAGUCUACCUGGGUGGCCAGGCAGAGUGCCUCUUCUUCAUGCUCAUCCUCAUCUUCGUGACCAGCGUGCUGAUCACCAUGAGGGUGUCGGAGGAGCCGCCGUGCACCGCGGCCCUGGAGCCUGGUCCUCUCUUGGAGGCAGGUCGCUGUGGUGUGCCGCGCUCCUGCUGCUACCUGCCCAAGUCGGUUCCGCUACUGUGCCUGCUGAGGACGUGCUGGUCCAUGACGCCGGCCAUCUACCGCAGCUACUGCCACGUGCCCCGGGUGAUGAGGCAGCUGUGCAUGGCCCAGCUCUGCAGCUGGAUGGCCGUCAUGUCCUUCAUGCUCUUUUACACAGACUUUAUGGGGGAGGGGCUGUACGAAGGCAUGCCCAGCGCUGCCCCCGGGACUGCCUCCAGGCAACGUUACGAGGAUGGCAUCCGUAUGGGCAGCUUGGGCCUGUUCUUUCAGUGUGCUACCUCAACCGUCUUCUCCCUGCUCAUGAGCCGACUGGUUCGCCAUUUUGGCUCGCGCCGGGUCUACCUGAGCAGCAUGGUGAGCUUCACCAUCUCUGCCCUGGUCAUAUGUAUGUCCAAGAGCGUGGUCCUGGUCAGCCUGAUGUCAGCUCUGACAGGCUUUGCCUAUGCCACACUGCAGACGCUGCCCUACACCCUCACAUGUCACUACCACAAGGAAAUGGAGGUUUACAUGCCAAAUAAGAAAACCAAAAACAUGCUUAAGAACGGGAUUGCGGUCAAGCGGGACUCGAUCACUCAUUUGACAGCCAUGGACGAGGAGGGGGGGCUGACCCACAAACUGGGGGACACCAACGGGCAUGCCAUCUUCAGCCAGGAAGACUCAGACUACUACCCCCCUCCCCACGGCCAGAAUGGAUCGUCCCUCAGCGCCACGGCCCCCGAGCAGGAUGAACCGGAGGGCUACGAGAAGCGCGGUGUAGGGUUGGACUUUGCCAUCCUGGACAGCACCUUCCUCCUCUCUCAGGUCUUUCCCACUCUUUUCAUGGGCAUGAUUGUUCAGUUCACAAAGUCCGUCACUGCCUAUAUGGCCUCCUCCGCCAUCUUCGGCAUCAUCGCCAUUUAUCUGGCCAACCAGAUCAUCUUUGACCAAAAGGACCUCAAUAGCUGAAAGAUUCAGUAACCAGGAGUGAAGGAAUGCACGACUGCUUCCAGCAUGCAACACUCCAGUGUCAUCGCUGGCCGUUGCUAUGGCUUUACCAACACAUUGCAAUGAGGCAGCCUGUCUGUACGUUUGUAUGUAUGUGUGCUGCAGAAUUAAAAGAAAAUGUAAACCCGUGACAAUUGUUACCUCCAGAGAUUACUGCAGGCAGUUACUAUGGCUACAAGAGAGAAACUGGCUGGCAUUAGCUGGUCUGUUGACACUGUCUGUGUACUUAAGAGUGUUUCUCACCUUGUUCCCCUCAGUCACAUAGAAGACCGCUCAGAUAGGUCCCUUCACCUUCUCCUCAGGUACAACUAGCUACACAGCUUGAUCAGACUCCAUCAGACCUUAGACAACUGAAAUGAUGUAUUACCAUUUUACUCUCAUCUAUGUGUGAAGUGGUGGAGUUUGUCAAUGCUAUAUCUUUAAAAUAGUCUGCUUUUAGUCGAAGUCAACAGGAGAUUAUUGGUCAGUUCUCAUGCAGACUGGCCGCGGGAGAUAGGAACAAGUUAAUCUGGAGAGCCCAUUACCUGCAUGGGAAAGAAUUUCUGUCUGUUUGUUGUUAUCAGCCAGGUUGAAAUAUUGGGAAUGUUAAGUGUCACUGGCCCCUAGUGUUGGAUGUUUUUGGGGAAUUAACAGGUUUAUCAUAUAUCUUUUGUAUAUGAAUACAGUACAUAUAUGUGUAUCCCUAUGGGAAUUUAUUAUGCGACCUGUUUGGUAGAGGUCAUCUAUGAGGUAAUCUGUGUAACUGCAUUAUUGUUAGGAUGAAGUGGUUCAAAGCUUUCAUUGGAAUUUUUUUCUCCCUCUUUUCAAGAAAUAUCAGACAGCGCCAUAUAGUGCCAUUCAUUACAUAAUCUCUACUGCCAUUAUCAUCCCAUGUUCAACCUCAUGACAAUCUAGGAAAGUAAAUGAGGUGAAUUAUCCAACACUUUAAAAAUCCAGGUACACUUAUUUUCGGAACUCCAUUAAUAUUCCCAUGAGCAAAAUACCAGAAAGUCAUACUAGCAACACUGCAGUGAUACUGUGAACUGGGUUCCUGAAAAUAGUUUUGGUAUGAUGACAGUUCUCUGUGUUCUGUUAAUUUUUUUAUACUUUGCUCUGUGUACCAUAAGUGUGUGAGAGAGAGAGAGAGAGAGAGAGAGAGAGAGAGCGAGAGAGCGAGAGCGAGAGAGAGAGAGCGAGAGAGAGAGAGAGAGAAAAUUUCAAAGUGCAAGUGUGAGUGCCGUGAAGAGAGCAGGGCAACAUGGUAUGACUUUGGAUAAGUGUCUUUCAGAUGAGUCUUUCUAUAUCUCAUCUGUUACUGUAUAUUUAAAUAAUAGUUUACAUUUUAGCAGACGCUCUUACCCAGAGUGACUUAAAGUAAGUAGUGAGUGAGUGCAUACAUUUUCAUAAUCAAAAUAUAAUAACCAAACAUCAUUGCAUAAAUGGACUAUUAAAUUAUGAGGUUGCUAAAUACAGUUGGCACUAUUGGAUAUACAGUGCAUUCGGAAAGUAUUCAGACCCUUGACUUUUUCCACAUUUUGUUACGUUACAUCCUUAUU